AUGUCUAGAGAAUAUGAGAAACAGGAAGCCUUGCGGAUGACCCAUCAAAAUGGUCCUGGAAACGGCAAUGGCAGCAGAAUUGGAAAUGGCAACGGAAAUGGACAGUCUGGAGAGCCGUAUAUCAACGAGAUAAUUCCGGUGGAUUCAUCAAGGCCUCGAAGACGCCCCGUGGAGCCGGACUCCAGAAGUGGUCGUUGA